CGUUUGCGGGAUUUGUUUGAGCAAAUGAUGCGCAGUAGCUAGGAAGCUACAUGAAAAUGGCGCUCGCGUUGAACUAGCUAUAAUAUCUUUAGCUAUCCUAGCCCAACUAGAGCAUAGAGUAGUUUAUGAAAAUCACUGAAACAUUUAUGGGGUUGUGAUAUUUUUUUAUAAACAAACUGAAGUGUUUUGCAACAAAUUUGGAAUAUUAUGAGAGGACAGAAGAGGCGUCGCAACGGAAAAGCCAUAUAACCCGCAUUUUAUUAGUACCGUUACGACGGUCAAAAGUCAUCAGACAGUGAGUGAACAUGCGUGACCUGUCAGCCCAGGUCACCAGCAGUCUGCUGCGUUUCCCGGGGGUCACUAUAGACGCUCUGGGAGAAGAUGAAAUCACCCUGGACUCGGUGUUGCACGGGAAGUUCACCGUUGGUCGCUGUGGCUUGGCCUGGCUGUCCUGCGGGCCUCAGCUGGAGGUAGUCCAUGCGGUGACCGGGGAGCGCCUGUCUGCUUACUGCUUCAGUGGCGGUGGGGAGCACCUGCCGAGCGUGCUGGCGGCCAGGGACUUUUCCUGGCUGAAGAGGACCGGGCUGUUGAUUGGUCUGGAGGAGGCCCAGGGCAGCAUGCUGUGUCUCUACGACUUGGGCAUCUCUCGAGUGGUCAAAGCCGUGGUCAUACCGGGCAGGAUCACUGCCAUUGAGCCCCUGGUGAGUUAUGGGGGUGCCAGUGCCAGUACACAGCACCUUCACCAGAGCCUACGUUGGUUUUUUGGCGUGGCGGCAGUGGUCACGGACCUGGGACAUGUCUUCCUCGUGGACCUGUGUCUGGAUGACCUGUCCUGCAGCCAGAGCGAACUGGAGGCCUCGGACCUGGAAGUGGUGACUAAGUCCCUGGCUGAGAUACCGCGGCUGCGCGAGCAGGACACGCGGCAGGGGAGACACCUCUGUCUACAGCUGAGCGCCCCCACCGGGACGUCGGCCACGGCCUUGCAUUACGUCCCCCGCACAAACCAGCUGGCGGUGGGCUUCUCCGACGGGUACCUGCAGCUCUGGAACAUGAAGACCCUCAAGAAGGAGUAUCAUUCCCAGCUGGAGGGCGGCAGGGUGCCGGUCUACGCCUUCACCUUCCAAGAGCCGGAGAACGACCCCCGUAACUGCUGUUAUCUCUGGGCCGUCCAGUCUGCCCAAGACCAUGAGGGGGACGUGGUCAGCCUUCAUCUGCUCCAGCUGGCCUUCAGCGAGAGGAAGUGUUUGACCUCUGGAAAGAUUCUCUAUGAGGGUCUGGAGUACUGUGAGGAGAGGUACAGUCAGGAGCUGGGAAGCACCGCAUUCCCUCUCAGGGCUCAGACUACCAACACGCGGCUGCUCAGCUGCCAAACCAUUGAGAAGUUCCGGCACCACCCAGACAGGGACGACAGCAUGAACGAAGCUGCGUCGCCAGACACCAGUGUUUCUAUAUUCAGCUGGCAGGUGAAGGCCUAUGGACAGUGCAACCCCACCACCUACAUCGGCUUAUUUGACAUCAACCGGUGGUAUCAUGCACAGAUGCCUGACUCUCUGAGAACGGGGGAGUCCCUGCGCAGCUGUCCCUACCUCGCUGUUUGGUCUCUUGACUCUGUGGUGGAGAUGACGGCACCCUGCCCCCUGCUGGACAUCCUUGUGCACGAACGAAGCCUCAGCCGCGGCCUGCCGUACACCUGUCCCCCACCAGAACAGUUCUUCAACCCCACCACAUACAACUUCGAUGCGUCCUGUUUGCUCAACACUGGCAUUGUGCACUUAACUUGCUCUGGGUAUCAGAAAGAGACCCUGAGCUUCUUGAAGAAGGCAGCUCCUUGCUCCAGCGACGCCAUCUCAAAUGGCUACUCCCGUUGCUUGAUGUCUGGCCUGCUCUCCGCUCGCCUGACCGACGUCCAGCCCUCCAGCCUCUCUCAGGAAGAGCAGUUGAAUGCCAUCUUGUCAACGGCUGUAGAGACCAGUUCCCUGGGUUUGAUUACUGGCUGUAUCAAACAAUGGACUGCUGAGGAACAACCCGGCUCUGCUGUGAACCUGCGCUACAUUCUGGAGUGGGCCUGGGACAAGGUGGUCCACACUAAGGAGGAGCUGGAUGCCAUAUGUGCUCCCCUUUUUGACAGCUCGUCUAACUUCACGGACACCCAGACCCUCCAGCAGCUGCAGCACAGCCAGAGACUACUGGCAAACCUCAGCACCAUCUUCCACUGUCUACUCAACGAGGCUCAGGAACUCACUCAGAGAGGUCUUCUGGGUCUCAUCAAUAAGAACCUGGUGUCAAGUCUCAUCUCCCAGUACGCCCAGGUGGUCCUUUGGUUCUGUCGGACCGGGCUUCUGCCCGAGGUCUCCGAUGAGGAGGCUGUGCAGAUCUCCCGGCCCUUCUACAGCUACUCCGUGAUCGCGAACGAGUACACCAUCCGAAGGGAGGAGCUGCAUCACCUCUCCAAGGGGAAGUGGUGUGCUGACUGCCUGAUGAUUGACGGCCUGGUCGCCCAGUGUGGUGAUCGCUUGGUUGACCUGUGGAAACGGGAUGUGGGCGGGACGGGGCAGUAUCCGCCAUCUUCACUGCAUGCCCUGCUGGACAUUUACCUUCUGGAGAACAUUGAUGAAUCUGCUAAGCACGCCAUCGUAAUCUACCUGCUGUUGGAUGUGAUGUACUCAUUUCCCACGAAGGGUGGCCCUUCUGUGGAGUCGUUCCCCACCGCCUUCGCCAUCCCCUUCAGCCUGGUCAAACUGGUGCAGGGCCUCUGGCUUCUGGACCACCACGACCACCAGAACUCCCUGGAGCUGCUGUUGCACCCCACUACCUCCCAUUCCCCGUUCAGCUGGCAGCACGGCCGCGUCCUGCAGGCUCUCAUGUGCCAGGGGCAGCACGCGCUGGCCCUCCGCUACCUCCACGUCGUCAAGCCCCCCUUCUCAUCCACCGCUCAGGCCAAACUCUGCCUGUCUGUGAUGCUGCACAACAGGUGUCUGGUGGAGGCAUGGACCAUGCUAAGGCAGCAUUCCAACCGGCAAAACUCAGAGGAGUUGUUGAGGUUCCUGUUUGAGACCUGCCAGGAGCUGAGCCUCAUGAAGGAGCUGCUCAGACUUCCCCUGGGCCUCGCUGAACAGGAGUGCUUGGAGAGGUUCCUGCAGGGCACGGGGGGUCUUCAGAACAGGGAGCUGCUGAUGGUCCACUACCUCCAGCAGGCCAACUACGUCCCCGCCCUGCAGCUCAACCACACGCUCCGGAUGAACAUGGUGAAUGAGAGGGAUCCCAAGCUGAAGGAGAGAUCCAGUACAAGGAACUCUAUCCUUGACCAUUAUGGGAAAGUUCUCCCUCGGGCCCAGAGGAAACUGGCCAUGGAGAGAGCCAAGCCCUACCAGCAUCCUUCCACCGUCCUCCGUGAGGUGUCGCGACCACAGCCGCUGUCGACCAUCGCCAAGCGGCCGGCCAAUGAGAACGUGCUGACCAGAGCGGCGUUCAUCAACAACGUCCUGUCCAAGAUCGAGGAGGUGUGGGUGGGGAAGAACCCCACUCCCCAGCCCUCUCCCCUCAGGAGCCCACAGGCAUCCGAGGUGUUGUGCCCCAGCCCCCCCUUCCCCCCCUGGGACACGCCCCAGGCCUUCGUGGGUACGCCCAUCACCAUGAGCUCCAAGAGGAAGUCAAGGCUCCUGGACCUGGUGGUGCGCCCCUCCUCCCAGACGAGCCCUCCGGAAGGCUCACGGCACCUGCUAACACCCCCCAGGGUCGCCAGCUCCUGGAACAUCCCAAGUAACAUCAGCAAGGCCCCUGAACUGAGCCUUCUGCAGACGCCGCAGGUGGUCAAGAGAGCGCGAGCCCUGGCUGCGUCUGGUCCUGGUUUCUCCGCUUUCACCCCGCAGUCUAUACUGAGGAGCAGCCUGCGCCCCACCCCCGUGGCCACGCCCUCCGCCUCCCCCAGGCGCUCCAUCACCCCCCCACCACGCCCUAAGGAGAGUCGCAUCACCUUUAUGGAAGAGACUGCCUCGCCUGGGCCGGACAAGGGCCCCCUCCGGUGGAGCAACGGUAUCGCUACAGAAAAUGAGAUUUCCUUACUGAGAAGAGGCUCACCGCUGCCCAAGGCUGGGCUGAAGGUUUGGACCUCACACCCUUCUGACGACGAGGAUAAAAAGGAAGAACAGUCGGAGGAUGAGGAGGAGGAGGAUGACGACAAGGUGACACACGUGAAUUUCCUGCCACCACCAGCCUGUGAGCCUUUACCCGAGAAGCCAGAAUCUGAGAGCGGCGACUCUGUCCAAGAGGUUGUGGUGGUGCCCGUGUUACCAAGCGCGUUGCCCCGGCAACUCAGCCUGGGCCUCGACACGAGCCAAGCCUCCAUCCCAUCAGUGGACACCACACUGGAGUUUCACGAUGCUCCUCUGCCUGAAGGCCUUGAGAAUGAUCAUCAGCAUGCCAAUGAGGUAGCUGAUGAGGUGGUUCACCUCAAAACACCUGCGGAAUCAGAUGCUGAUGAGCCGCCAGCAGCAGCCAAUGAGCCGCCAGCAGCAGCCGAUGAGCCGCCAGCAGCAGCCAAUGAGCCAGCUUUCAUGUCUAUGGAGGAGCGGCUGGAAGAGGACGGGAAGGUAGAUGAAGGGUCAGUCAAUAGCCAAGAGGAAGUGCUUGUAGUUCAAGACCCGGAGCAGGAAUUAGAAGCGAUGGAGGUCAGCUCCGAACAGGAAGAGCAUGUCCAAUCUAAGCUCACACAGGAAGAACCGUCUCCUGACUCUGAAGUCGAAAAUGAACCCAAACUUGACCAGGAAGUGCUCGAGGUGCCUAGCCAUGACCCUGACAUGGGGACUCCCCAGGGGGGGCUGGUGGUGGAGAGGACUCCCGAACAGGACAAAUCACAACCCACUGAACUAAUUGAACACAUGGAACCUUUACAGCCAGUGGAUUCAAUGGAAGAUGUGGAAGAAACUCAACCCUUGAAAGCCAGAAAACCACUUGAAGCCGGGGAACAUGCAGAUCUGGACCUGUUUGUGGAGCGCCAUCUGUUUGGCAAUGACCUGUCCCCGCCCCUGACCCGCUCAGGAAUCCACGGGAUGUCUGACAACUGGACGUCCUUCAACAGCGAGCCGGUGUGCGAUGGUGAGGAAGACCCGACAGCGCCGCUCCCAGUGCUCACCACCCAGAAGUCUGUGGCAUCCGUUUCCUCGUCCGAACCCACUGGUACCGACUCCCACUCUGUGGUGAGCCUCAACGACAGCGAGGAUCUCUCCAGUGCUGUGUCCGUGGAAGGGGAGGAGGAGGAGGAGGAAGAGGAGGAGGAGUCUGACGCUCCUGCUGAGGCAGAGGACUCAGGCAGUGAGGUGGAGAUUAUUGAGGAGGUGCAGGGGAAUGGGAGGCAGCGAGCCCCCACGGCGCACCCCGCUCUCCUCCUGGAACAGCUCCCGCCCCUCCAGCAACACCUCCUUUCGGAGCAGGACGCAGCUGUGCUUUCAUUGGUUACCUCAGAAGCAGACCUAAAGAUGGUGGAGGAUGACAUGGAGGGCGAGGUGUUGAUGGUACGGCUGGGGACCGGAGAACAUGGCGAGGAGGGGAUAUGCUACACGGAGCUGAAGCCCUCCACCACCCUGCUGGUUCCUCUGGAGCUGGUGGAGGGACAGGGGCAGGCACUGGCCGCCGGGGCCCGCCUGGAGCUCACCGAGGUAGUGGAGAGCCGAGACACCGAGGUGCCCCCGUCUGGGGCUCCCAGCAGCUUCUCUCUGAUGUUGGAGGCGGAUGAUGACGACGUUGCCCCCAUACCUCCGGAGGAACCGCUGAAUCCCGCUGAGCCUCCAACCACAGCGACGGAGGCGGGAACGUCUGACACUGUCGACCCUCACGUCCUUCAGGCCACGUCCGUGGCUGAGGCUGAACCCCUGGCGGACGAGGCCGCCCUCCCGGGGUUGGGCACCUUGGAGGGGGUCGUGGGUAAUUGGACAGCGGCAGAGGGAGGUGGAACGGAGGCGGUGUCGGAGGACAGGUUUAUUUUACACUUGGACGUCCUGCCUGAAACGUCUGAAGCCGUGGUUGAAGACCAGCUGAUCAAGACUGACCCAGCCAGAUCAAAAGCGGCUGAGAACCUUAACACAGACUCUGUAGCAGAGCCUGAGCCCGAUGAGAUUCACGGCGAUUCUAAACCAACUGAAGCCGAAGAGCUUUCCCCCGUCCUGAAUGGAGACGGACGGGUGGCUGAAGCGAUGGAACUGGGGACAGGCCUGUGUGCUCGGAGUGAACAGGAUUUGAAGAACGAUGUGGUCGAGCUGGAGCCUGAAGUAGUGGGGGACACUGAGGAGGCGGUCUCUGUCCCCUCCGACCGGCCGCCGUCCCCGGUACAGAGCAAUGGGCCCGUCCGCGCGGUCAACCGUGAUCCUUCCCAGGAAGCAACUGCCGAAAUGGCGAAGCUUUUGACGACCAGUGAGGAGGAGGCGGUCCUGGUGGACGAGACAUCCGUCGUCCCGCCUGCGCCCGAGUCGGUUGAGGAAACCACUGAGGUCAAGAAGUCUGUAUCCACCCCGACACGCCGGGCCACCAGGCAGCGGAAAGGUGUGAGGUUCACCUCGAAGGAGGCAGAGAUGGCUGAAUCCGAGGAGGACGGGAGGCCCACGGCACCGACGGAGAUUGACUCUCAGGUCCCGGCCACGCCGAGACGGAUCACCCGGAGCGCCAAGCACGGUGAGGAUUCCACCGUUCCCGUCACGCCUCGCCGAAGCUCCCGGAAAAACGAACCCCGGCCAGAACCAGAGCCUCCGAUAGAGCAGAACGAGGAGAGGCGAGGUGAGGAACCGGUCGCCGUCCUCGCCGCCGAGGCUCCUGCUGCCAGGGCCGACCCGGCCAAACGGCACACUCCGCAGAAGGCCACCCCGAGGGCGGGGACGCGCAGGACCAGGAGCACCCAGGUGGAGAGUGGCGAGGAACCGCCGGCCUUGGAUGAAACGGCCGGCGACGUGUCACUUCUGUCUGUGACCCGCAGUUCUAGAAAGACCCGAACGGGAACCGCCGUCCCCGCCACCCCGACCCACAUCCUGGUGCCUCAGGAGGAAGACAGGGCGGCGAACCAUGGAAAAGCCAGUCAGCGGCCCAGCAGUCCGGCCCGGGUGACCCGCAAUUCCACCCGCGGGGGUGUCACCCUUGUCCUCUCCACCCAGGGAGAGGAAGUGGUUGCCGUCACCCCUGCCCGCGGCCGGAGGAAGGCGAGGGGCGACGGCGCCGCGGAGAAGAUUAAAAGCGUCUCCGUGUUACCUACCGGUCUUCCCCAGGACCUCCCGCCCCUGAGUGGCUCCCGCCGAACCACCAGGAGCCGGCUGUGGAGCCACCAGGAGGACGACCUGCCCCUUCUGGAGACGCCACUGGAGGUGGACUCUGGUACGCCCGUGGCCGACGCCCUCAUCCAGAGGCUCCGCGACGAGGACGCCAAGCGGAGAGCGGGCCAGGCCGCAGUCUUCACGGGGGUGGUGCAAGCCCAGGGGCGAGGCAGCACGCCGUUGGGUCCGCGGUCGCCCUCUCCACCCCCGAUGGUGGAGGUGACGGUGCCCGGGGCGGACCACGGGAGCCCUGUCAGGGACUCGUUCAUUUACUCACCCGCUCGGAGGAGAACCAGAGGGCGUGCAGAGUCGCCUGGUCAGGAUGACGUGUUUGCACCUCCCGUUACUCGUACCAGGCGCGUGGCGGACAGCAGCACAGCAGGCCCUGUUGAAAAGGACAAGAUUUUCCCAGAAGACGAUGUUGUGAAAGAGACACCUGCUUCUAAACCGAAAACAACCAAGAGGCGUACGGUCAAACCCAAAGCAGCCUCAGCUUCCCCUCCCCCAGCCAAGGUGGAUCCAAUCUCACCCUUGCCCAGUCCCGCCAGUCCUCCUGCUCGUGCCACAAAAAGGGUGGUGAAGGAGAAUGAUGCCCCCGGCCCUCGAAUGAACCUCAGGCGCAAACGCUUACUUGAGGCCAUCUUCCCCAAACCUGUCACUCGUCGGAAGAAGCUAUGAUCAGACGCCAUUUUAGCCACGAACAAACACGCGCAUCGGCUUGGACUCCUACCUACUCAGUCAAAACUCAUGGGGUGCGUCUCCUAAACGUUCCUCCCUCUGAACCUCCUGGAGGAAAGGGGUGGGGAAUGCAGUAUGGUGCCUACUGAGUGUUGUCUGUCGAUACGCUUCAAUGCAGAUAAAGGAAAUGAUACUGCAGUGUGGAGACGCAACCGCGACUGGAGGCCUUCCUUCCUGGAAUCUAUAACUCUACAAUUUUAUUUUGGUUUUCUUUCUCUUUUUUAUUUUUAUUUAGCAAUCUGUUAUUUUCUAUUUAAUAAGAAAAAAACAACCAGUGGAGAACAUUUUUGAAAUUAAAUAAUCACAUUUAAUUUGGAAGAUUGAUAUAAUAAUUUUAUAUAAAUUAUUGUAAUGUUUACAGGGAGGAUGACUGAGGGACUUGAACACCAAAAGAGACAGAUUUGUUUUUAUUUCUGGAGGAUUCCUUUAAAUUGAUGCCUAUGUAAAUAGUUUCUUUUGCUAUGAUAUGAAUAAAGUUG